GCUCAGACUGAAUGUGCCCCAGCAGGAGGACAGAGGAGCACCAAACGAAGUCUUUUUUUCCAGUCGCCACACCCUAGGCUACCCACCAUGGCGCUGGGCCUGGAGCAGGUCGAGGAGCAGCGCCUGUACCAGCAGACACUCCUGCAAGACGGGCUUAAAGACAUGCUGGACCACGGCAAAUUCCUGGACUGCGUGGUGCGGGCCGGCGAGCGUGAGUUUCCAUGCCACCGCCUGGUGUUGGCUGCCUGCAGCCCCUACUUCCGGGCGCACUUCCUGGCUGAGCCUGAGAGCUCAGGCGAGCUGCGCCUCGAAGAGGUGUCACCCGACGUGGUGGCCCAGGUGCUGCACUACCUGUACACGUCGGAGAUCGCGCUGGAUGAGGCGAGUGUGCAGGAUCUGUUCGCCGCGGCGCACCGCUUCCAGAUCCCAUCCAUUUUCACCAUCUGCGUGUCCUUCCUGCAGAAGCGCCUGUGCUUGUCUAACUGUUUGGCUGUCUUCCGCCUGGGCCUCCUGCUCGACUGCGCGCGCCUCGCCGUGGCCGCCCGCGAUUUCAUCUGCGCGCGCUUCGCGCUCGUGGCGCGCGACGCCGACUUCCUUGGGCUCUCAGCCGACGAACUUAUCGCCAUCAUUUCCAGCGACGGCCUCAACGUGGAGAAGGAGGAGGCGGUAUUCGAGGCUGUGAUGCGGUGGGCAGGCAGCGGCGACGCUGAAGCGCAGGCGGAGCGUCAGCGCGCGCUGCCCACGGUCUUUGAGAGCGUGCGCUGCCGCCUGCUGCCGCGCUCCUUCCUGGAGAGCCGCGUGGAGCGCCAUCCGCUAGUGCGUGCCCAGCCGGAACUGCUGCGCAAGGUGCAAAUGGUAAAGGAUGCGCACGAGGGCCGUAUUACCGUGCUGCGCAAGAAGAAGAAAGAGAAAGCGGCAGCCGGGGCCAAGGCGACUGACAAGGGCUCAGCCAAGGCAGAGAAGGAGGAGGAGGAGGAGGAAGGCGAACGUGUGCUACCUGGGAUCCUCAACGACACUCUGCGCUUCGGCAUGUUCUUGCAGGACCUCAUCUUCAUGAUCAGCGAGGAAGGCGCCGUGGCCUAUGACCCAGCUGCCAAUGAAUGCUACUGUGCCUCUCUCUCCACCCAGAUCCCCAAGAACCACGUCAGUAUCGUCACCAAGGAAAACCAGGUCUUUGUGGCUGGCGGCCUCUUCUACAACGAGGACAACCAAGAGGACCCAAUGAGCGCUUACUUUCUGCAGUUUGACCACUUGGAUUCGGAGUGGUUGGGGAUGCCACCACUGCCCUCACCGCGCUGUCUCUUUGGCCUGGGAGAGGCUCUCAACUCCAUCUAUGUGGUUGGUGGCCGAGAGCUAAAGGAUGGGGAGCUGAGCCUGGACUCGGUCAUGUGCUACGACAGGCUGUCAUUCAAAUGGGGUGAAUCAGACCCGCUGCCUUACGCCGUGUACGGCCACUCGGUGCUGUCUCAUAUGGACCUUGUUUAUGUCAUUGGUGGCAAAGGCAGUGACAGGAAGUGCCUGAACAAGAUGUGUGUCUAUGACCCUAAGAAGUUCGAGUGGAAGGAGCUAGCACCCAUGCAGACUGCCCGCUCUCUCUUCGGGGCCACGGUCCAUGAUGGUCGCAUUUUUGUAGCUGCUGGGGUCACAGAUACUGGGCUAACCAGUUCUGUUGAAGUGUACAGCAUCGCAGACAACAAGUGGGCACCCUUUGAGGCCUUCCCACAGGAGCGUAGCUCCCUCAGCCUCAUCAGCCUGGUGGGCACGCUCUAUGCCCUGGGUGGCUUUGCCACACUGGAGACUGAGUCUGGGGAGCUGGUCCCUACAGAGCUCAAUGACAUCUGGAGGUAUAACGAAGAGGAAAAAAAGUGGGAGGGAGUCCUGAGAGAGAUCGCCUAUGCGGCCGGGGCCACCUUCCUACCUGUUCGGCUCAACGUGUUGCGCCUGACCAAGAUGUGACCUGCGCGGGGUGCCCAACACAAGCACCUUUCCAUCCUGUAGCCACACAAGCCUGGCUUUGAGGGG